AUGACAACAUACUCAGCGCCUGUAAUAUUGUACAUUGUUCUAGAGCUAAUAGGCGCAUUACUAUUAAUGUUUUUAAUGACGCAAAUAGUAAAAACAAAAGGAUAUUUUACAAAAUGGACACUUUUACAAUUAUGUAUAUCCGCAUUUUUGAAUCAAUUGCCAAAUCUUCCUCCCAUAUUAUUAUAUGGCGAUCAACUAAAAGAGCGCGCAUUUGAAUCCCCGUUGUGCAUAAUUGUGCAAAAAAUCGGACAAUUUUUCUUUUACCCCUUACAGUUAUUUGGCUCAACACUGACUUUUUAUCUUUGUUACGCGCUGGCGCGAAAUGAUUUUAUGAUUGAGCGGAGGCAUUGUCGGUGGGUUUCAAUCGCUAUAUGGGGACUGAAUAGCAUUUAUCAAGCGGUGAAAUUGGGACUGUCGAGUAGGUCGGACCAUUGGGAUGUAGAUGUUAAUCGGUUGUAUUGUAAAGGGACGAUGCAGGUUUGGCUGGAAUUUUUGGCGCCGACCCUUAUAAUGAUUUUUUUCGGUGUAAUUUUUACCUUAGCCAAACGUAUGAGAAUAUUCACGCGACAGCAAAAUAGAGGAGCAGCAAUAAAAUUGGGACAAGCUGUUAGAUUUUUAGUUUGCUGUCUUGUUUAUAUCUUCCUUCUUUCAAUUGCGUCCGUCCCAAGAAUUGUGAAGCGUGCGAAAAAUAUUCCGGAUAAUGAUGAACUCACUGUUGCAGAAUAUUCUGGGAGCAUUGUCGGAAUUUCACUCUUUUUAAUAUUUGGAACACGUCGUUCGGCAGCGUUACUUCUUCCAUGCUUUUAUUAUGAACCCACCGAAUCGCUUAUAAUAAAAAACACGGUUAAAUUACAAAACAUUAAAAAAAAAGAAAACAACGAUAACAACGAUUAUAGUACUAAAGAUAUUGAAAACGCAAUUCAAGUAUCACUCAAGAAAUCACAAAUUUCACUUAAGAAACCUUCACGCAGCAUCAUCGGAAAAAGCAAAAAAUAUGUAAAAAACAAAAACUCGAAAACAUUUAUUAACGAUAAUACAUGUAUAACUGCACCAAAUCCAUCAUUGAUGACACUAACGAGUGAGUUAAGUGUUGCUAACGAGUGGUAUGUACCUAAAAGCGAGAUUACUAUUAUUGAAUUAGGUUGUGACGGAGAGUUAAGUUUAUAG